UGGAGACGCGGCGUUGGCCCCGCCCACGGCUGGCGACCGGCGGCAGCGGCGGUCCAGGCGCGAAGACGGCGGCGGCUCGCAGGCGAGGCCCCGCAGAGCGCCCCUCUCUGGGGAACCCGACGAAGGAGACCUGAGGCCGCGCGUCCCCUGGGAAAAGCUGCAUUUGAACCAAACCUUCUUUUCAGCCGCCGCAGCCGGGCUCCCAGGGCCUGUGGCGCCUCCAGCGUCGGUGCCCAGGUGCAGCGGCCGCCGCGUCUGCGCCCCCAGAACCCCGGGGAGACAUCCGCCGUCGGGAGAAGAUGCUGAAGACACGAGGAGAAGCCUCCCCUGGACCGUCUGACUUGUAACCGAAGCCUUCCGGGCUGGGGCGCCGCGGGGCCAGCAUGGUGAACUCCAUCAGCGAGCUGGAGUUUUCUAACGACCGAAGUAACGAGGAGAUCUCCCAGGUCGCGCUCCUGCAGUUGUCGGACGACGCCGCGCUCAGACCAAGAAGUUCAGCGGGCGUCGCGGAAAGAACUGGCUACCCCGACCCCGUGUACGUGAUGGCCGCGAACAUUUUCCAGGGUAUUCGAGUGGAAAAGUCGCCAGACAAAGUCAUAAUCAAGUACGGGAACGAACCUCUGCGGGCGUCGGCGCAGUCUGAGGAUGAAACAGUCCGGCGUCUGUCCUACGAGCUGGCCUUCAGCGCCCUCAAAUAUCAAGAUAUUUUGGAAACUAUAUUAAUAGAUAGCUAUGUGUUCCCAAGCACCACAAUACCAGAUCAUUUGAGCAGCCUUAUUAUUGUGAUGCUGUAUGAUUUCCAAGAUAGAAAAUUUCAAACUCGUGUCCUUUCUGGUAAUGAAGAGUCCAUAUCAGAAGUUCAAGAAGUAGAGGACCUUCUUCACAGUUUUAAGACAAAAUUGGCUGCAGCAUUGGCAAGAUGUCGAAUCAAACAUGACGCUCUUUCCAUUUAUCACAUUCUGCCGGAAACGGUGAGGAAACAGGAGCUGAGAGCCUCCACCCUGCCGCUUUACGCUUGGAUAAAUACUUGUAAGAUAAGCCCUGAAGAAGUUUAUAGUAAUUUGAAGAAAAAAGGCUAUAAUAAAGUCAAAUCUGUAUUGCAUAUUGAUGAUAAAGUCUUCGCUGUGGACCAACACUGCUAUGAUGUCUUGAUUUUUCCAUCUCAUCUUAAAAAAGAUCUUAUAAGUAUAGAUCUUUUCAAAGAUUAUAAACUUAUUUUUCAGGACAAAUCUCGAAGUCUUGCUGUCCAUUCUGUAAAGGCCUUAUUAAAUAUGAAUGAUGAUAUCUUAAUGGUCAAUACAGGUUCAUGGUACACAGUUGCCCAUAUGUCCAUCUUAACAAAUAAUAAUAACUCAAAAAUAUUUGUAUGUGGAGUACAGUCACAAGCCAAGGAUCCUGACUUGAAGAACCUUUUCACAAAAAUGGGAUGUAAAAAUAUUGAAAUACUCCAUGAGACAUUUGUUAACAUUGAAUCAAAGGACCAGAGGUUGCAGAAAGUUAAAGUGAUCCUGCUGCUGCCUCGUUGUUCAGGAGUGGGUGUUAGUAAUCCAGUAGAAUUUAUUUUAAAUGAGCAUGAAGAUACAGAUUUACUUAAAGAUCUCUCAAAAGGAGGCACAUCAGAAGAUAAACUUCAAGUUCUUGUUCAACAGCAGUAUGAGCAGAUAACACAUGCAAUGAAAUUUACUAAAGCCCAAGCGGUUGUUUACUGCACAUGCUCCAUUUAUCCAGAAGAAAAUGAAGCUGUUGUUAAGAAAGCAUUGGAAUUUCAAGAUCGUGGGGUUAAAGUACAACCUUACAGGCUGAGUCCUCCCGUCCUCCCACUGUGCUCCCCGAAAGAAAUCCAUUUGUCCACUGAUAAGUUUUUCAGAGUGGAACCAUCUGAGAUCACCAAUGGUUGUUUUCUUUCUGUUUUAACAAGAGAGCGGGACCCAUCUGAGGCUGUGUCUGUGAAAGACGUCUUGGCCCGGGCUGCAGCAAAGGGGCUGCUGGAGGGGAUUGAGUUGGGAAAAUCACCAAAACGGGAGAAGAAAAAGAAGAAAUCAAAAACAUCAUUGCCCAAAGCUCCUACUAGCGAUAAUUACAGCAUCCAAAUGAAGAUUGCUGAGUUCCUGAGUCGAGAAAGUAAAGCAAACCCCAGUCAGUCAGAGACACUGACAAAAGCGCCUCUUCCACAGAAAAAUGGGGCUCAAGUGGGUUCUUCCAUCCAGAUCAAAAAACCCAGCAAGCCCGCCACCAACCCUUUGAUGCCCACCUCGAUGAAGAACGCCUGUCCCUCCAGGCCGGGGGACCGGCACACACAACUCGGGAGACCUCGGCCAGAAGGCAAAGUGGUUGCUCUGAAACCCGUGGAGAUUGUUUUGCCGCCAGUGAUGGUUCCAUUUUCUGCAUCCCAAGGGAUGCGAUCUCAGAUGCCAGCUCCACAUUUCUUCUGUCGCUGGAUUGGACCCAAGGCUAACAGCACGCCAGGCGGCCUUCCCACCCCAUCAGUCUCCGGAAGAGGGGAGAAGCUGAAGGAAAACUCACCUUCCUCCCUGUCCCGGCCUCCCCGGCCAUGGCUCUGACCGUCCUGUGCUUCUCACAUGGCCGGGAACAGGUGAUUUUUCUUCAGUCUGGUGUUCUUGGAAGGUUAGACGUAGCUACACAAGACGCUCCCCGCUUUAUCACUCUGUACCUCUGAAACGGGGUGUUACCUCCUAGGGACUCAGGUAGGGGGAACGGUGAUGUCGGGCAUUAACAGCAGAAAUGAGAGACUGCAACAGCUCAGCGCUGAUCGGUUUUAGAGCUGUGAGAUCUGCCCUGCUCCUGGGAGCCUCCACCCUGGGUCACAGCUGCUGCAUCUGGGAAGGAAAGCAGGCUCUCCGCACGCUCACAGAAAGCAGGGGUGGGCGCCAGACUCAGGCCCUUCCUGCCAGCUGCGGAGCGCCCGUUUCCCGGCAGCUGGAGCUGAACUUUGAAAAUCACGAUCAAAGUUGAUUUUUCCGUUAAGUAUCAAACUGUUCCUGAAACAAGGCGUGGUGUGAGUCUUUGUAACGGUACUGAGUUUGAGUAGGAAGUGCAGAAGGUCCCUCUCCCUUUGCUGAGUGUGAACCUGGUAGACUGAACGCCGUCCUCCCUCCCUCCUGCCUGUUUAUGCCAAACACUGUUGUGAAAAAUGGCUGUGAGCAAACCUCCACCUACAUAGUCGCAAUUUGGAAGGGGCGAAACUGUUAGACACAAGUGAUACCUGUUGUGGAAGAAACCCAUAAAGGGUUUCGGAUUCUACUCAAGGAUCAGGUAAGAGAGCGAAAUGUGCAAGUCAUUUCAAGUGGCAGACCGUAAUUAAACAUCGGUAAAUCAUUUCUGAUGCACAGUUAAAAUAUGUCGUUGCCUUGUUAAUUGUACUAAACGCCAGAUUCCUCCUGGAUCUACUUGCCUACAAAUUACCUACAUUAUUGUGAUGAUUACCAUUUCUGGGUCUACUGUAUUUUUUCAUCACAGCAACAGAAAUUGUUCCACAUUGAAUAGAGUAAAUGUACAACUAUAAAUCUCAACUGUUUAAAAAAAAGUUCAGACACAUUCAUGGCUUGAGUUUAAAGUUUUACUUCCAGAAUUCAGUUGUGUAGAAGUAUUAGUAAAUUCCUAAAUGCUCAA